UCUUCCGCAUUGACACGCCUACUCACCAACACAACAGCUUCACGACAACUGUUUAAAUCUUUAUUACAGAGGAUCUGCUCGGUCCAGAUCAGCCCAGCGGUCCUGACUAGUUCUUCAGAUACUUCUUCAACUGAACAACAGCAGCAGCAAGCCCACACUUCCUUGCUAGCUCUGCUAAAUCAGAUGCCAGGAGGGAAAGCCGGUAAACGCCAGGGAAUGUCAAAGCGACCCACAACCACCCAAAUGGACACCGAACGGACAGACACCUCAAUCAUCAGGAUCCCACCCCACCACUACAUCCAUGUGCUGGAUCAGAACACUAACAUCGCCCGGGUGGAGAUCGGACCACUCACCUACAUCCGGCAGGACAAUGAGAGGGUCCUCUUCCCCCCAACCCGGAUGACCAUGAUCCCACCCCGCCAUUACUGUGUGAUUCUGAAUCCAGUGGCCCGUAAUGAUGAAGGCCAAGUUCAGUUCGACACAGCAGGUCAAGCGAAACUCCGUCACGCUGACCUGGAGAUCCGUCUGGCCCAGGACCCGUUCCCCCUAUACCCUGGAGAAGAGAUUCAGAAGGAUGUGACUGCGCUGCAGAUUGUGUUUCCAGACACUGCUCUGAGGCUGCAGGCUCUGCUGGACUUUGAGGAGGAGAAUGGAGAGAAGCGAGUAGCUGGAGAUGAGUGGCUGUUCGAGGGUCCAGGAACGUACAUCCCCAGGAAGGAGGUUAUGGUGCUGGAGACCAUCAAAGCCACUGUUAUCCGGGAAAACCAGGCCAUCCGCCUCAGAGCACGCAAAGAGGGAGUGGACCGCAGCGGAGUUCGCCGAGUCACUGGUGAGGAGUGGCAGGUGUGUAAGGUGGGAGCGUACCUGCCUGGAGCACAUGAAGAAGUCAUCGAUAUUGUCAACGCUUUCAUCCUUACUGACAAGAAUGCACUGCACGUGCGCGCUCUGCGGCCGUUCCGGGAUGCUGGUGGGCGGGACCGCAGGACAGGAGAGGAGUGGCUGGUGACCGUGGCAGACAGAGAGGCACACAUCCCCUCGGUGGCUGAGGAGGUGGUGGGAGUGGUGCAGGUGACCACGCUGAGCAGCAGGCAGUACUGCGUCAUUCUGGACCCUGUAGGACCGGACGGCAAGCCCCAGCUCGGGCAGAAGAGAGUGGUGAAGGGCGAGCGUUCCUUCUUCCUGAGGCCUGGAGAGCAUCUGGAGAACGGCAUUCAGGAUGUGUACGUUCUUUCUGAGGAAGAAGGACUGGUGCUGCGCGCUGUCGAGGCCUUCAUGGACGCAGAAGCGCAAGAGGAAGAGGAAGAGGAAGAGAGGGAGGAGCAGGAGAAGAGAGGGAAAAGAGCUGGGGUUCAGCGCCGCCCUGGUGACCGCUGGAUGCUGCGUGGACCAAUCGAAUACGUCCCACCGGCCACUGUGGAGGUGGUCCUGCGGCAGCAGGCUAUCCCACUGGAUGAAAACGAGGGAAUCUACGUGCGGGACAUCAAGACCGGAAAGGUGCGCGCUGUGAUUGGCCACACCUACAUGCUGACCCAGGACGAGGAGCUGUGGGAGAAGGAGCUGCCGGCGAAUGUGGAGGUGCUGCUGAGCGCCUCGCGGGACCCACUGUCCGGGCGCUCUGAGAGAGACCAGGGUGGGGUCGGUGCCCCCAGAGACAAAACCAGAGUUGUGUCUUACAGGGUGCCCCAUAAUGCCGCGGUGCAGGUUUACGACUACAGAGAGAAGAAGGCCAGGGUGGAGUUUGGGCCUGAUAUGGUGAUGUUGGGUCCAGAUGAGCAGUUCACGGUUCUGUCUCUGUCUGGAAGCAAGCCCAAGCGGCCCAAUGUCAUUAAAGCCAUCUGCCUGCUGCUCGGCCCCGACUUCUGCACGGACAUCAUCACCAUAGAAACAGCUGACCAUGCCCGUCUGCAGCUGCAGCUCUCCUACAACUGGCACUUUGACAUAAAGAACCGGUCGGACGGAGUUCAGGCUACGGCUCUGUUCUCCGUUCCAGAUUUUGUGGGUGAUGCUUGUAAAGCCAUUGCCUCCAGGAUCAGAGGAGCCGUGGCUUCAGUGCAGUUUGAUGACUUUCACAAGAACUCAAACCGGAUCAUCUGCUCGGCCGUGUUCGGCUUUGAUGAAAAGAUGGCGGUGCGCACCAGUUUGCGGUUCAGUCAGAACGGUCUGGUGAUCAGCAGCGUGGACAUCCAGUCUGUGGAGCCUGUGGACCAGCGCACACGUGAUGCCCUUCAGAAGAGCGUCCAGCUGGCCAUCGAGAUCACCACCAACUCUCAGGAGGCGACGGCUCGACAUGAGGCAGAGCGUCUGGAGCAGGAGGCUCGGGGUCGUCUGGAGAGGCAGAAGAUCACUGAUCAGGCCGAGGCUGAGAGGGCCAGGAAAGAGCUGCUGGAGCUGGAAGCUCUCAGUGCUGCGGUGGAGAGUACAGGAGCAGCGAAGGCAGAGGCCCAGUCCAGGGCAGAAGCAGCACGUAUCCAGGGUGAGGCUGCGGUCAGUGAGGCCAAGCUCAAGGCAGAAGCUCAGAGAAUAGAGGCGGAGGCUGAGCUGGAACGUCUGUCGAAGGCUCGGGAGCAGGAGCUCGUCUAUAAGAAGGACAUGGACCAUCUGGAGGUGGAGAAGCAGCAGAAGCUGUCUAAUAUUGAGAGCCAGCGCUUCAAGAAUCUUGUUGAUGCCAUUGGUAGCGGCACUCUGACGGACAUGGCCAGAGCUGGACCAGAGCUACAGGUGAAACUGUUGCAGGCUCUGGGCCUGAAGUCCACUCUCAUAACGGAUGGAUCUUCUCCCAUCAAUCUUUUCACUACAGCCAACGGCCUGCUGGGGGCAAUGAAGCCCGGCGAGGAUCAGUAAAGGAGCCGGGAAAGCUGUGGCAAAUAUUCUAGAAAGAGUUUACUGCAGUUAUAUUAAAUGUGCCUGAAUUCAAUAUUCUAUGCUGGAUAACACACACUGUGUGGAAACUCUAUAGUUUCUUCAUUUUCUGUUCUUCAGUGUGUCUGCCGUUUGCCUUAUUCUUGACACUCUUUACAUUCAUUGCACUCCAUCCAUGUUAGUAUGUUAGUCUGACAUUGCAAGACUGGGCCUAUACCCUGCUAUAGCCUAUAGCCUGGUACAAAAGACAUGUAGAUGCUUCAGCGGUGCUGUUAGGGUGGUAAAACCAUUGUUCAUCAUAUUGUCCUCUUAAAUAUUUAGGCAUAAGAGGAACUAGAUUUUUUGUGGCUUGGAUACAAUACAACGUACAGUGAACCCAAAGAGACAUGACUAAUGAAACUUCCUUUGAAAGAUGAAUCUUUGUUUAACACUUUUCAGCAAAAAUAAAGUUUCAGGUGUCUGUAAAA